AUGAGACUGGUAUUUCCCAACCGGGGACUGGAUCUGCGGAUCCCUAACUAUGAGGAUCUGGAGAGGCUAGAGAAGGAGGAGGCCAGUGACAGGCCCAAGUGGGACAACAAAGCCCAGUACAUCCUAACCUGUGUGGGUUUCUGCAUUGGUAUUGGCAACGUGUGGCGAUUCCCUUACUUAUGUCAAAGCCAUGGAGGAGGAGCCUUUUUGAUCCCCUACCUGAUCCUGCUGGUGCUGGAGGGAAUGCCACUCCUGCUGAUGGAGUUUGCCAUCGGCCAGCGCCUGAGGAAAGGAAGUGUGGGAGUGUGGAGGGCCAUCAGCCCUUAUCUGACUGGUAUUGGUAUAGCCUCCAUGCUGGUAUCCUUUUUGGUUGGACUAUACUACAACACCUUAAUAGCCUGGAUCAUGUGGUAUUUCUUCAACUCCUUUCAAGACCCACUGCCUUGGACCCAGUGUCCUCUUGCUGACAAUGGGACAGCAUUUGUACCAGAGUGUCAACAGAGCUCUACUGUGGACUACUAUUUUUACAGAGUGACUCUAAAUAGUUCAGCCUCUAUAGCUGACUCUGAGGGACUCCACUGGCCCAUAGUAGUCUGCCUCUUAGCUGCCUGGACACUCAUCUGUAUCUGCUAUAUACGGGGCAUCAGCACUUCAGGCAAGGCAGUGUAUGUCACAGCCAUCCUGCCGUACAUAGUGCUGGCCAUCUUCCUGAUCCGUGGACUGACUCUUAAAGGAGCCCUGAGCGGAAUAAAGUUCCUCUUCACACCAGACGUGGAGGAGUUGAUGAAACCAACAACUUGGCUGGAUGCAGGUGCCCAGGUCUUUUAUGCCUUCAGUAUAGCAUGGGGAGGCCUGAUCUCCUUCUCAAGCUACAACCCUGUUCACAACAACUGUAUGCAAGAUGCUGUGAUCCUGACUGCUAUUACUGGUUUCACCUCAAUCUAUGCUGCCACAGUCACCUACACCAUCAUUGGCUUCAGGGCCACUGAGAAAUAUGACAACUGUAUCAAUGAAAACAUCAUGACAUUAUUAAACGCAUUUGAACUUCCUGAAGAUAACAUCACUACGAGCAACUAUGAGGAAGUGUUCAAUCAUUUCAACAGCUCCUAUCCUGACACUGUUCUUGGAUUGGACAUCAAAACCUGUGACAUGCACAAACUCCUCAGCGAGGGAGUGGAGGGAACAGGUUUGGCCUUUAUUGUGUUUACAGAAGCCAUCACCAAGAUGCCUGGCUCUCCAGCGUGGUCUGUCCUAUUUUUCAUCAUGCUUCUCUGCUUGGGGGUCUCGACCCUGUUUGGCAACAUUGAAGGAGUGGUGGUACCCUUGAAAGACCUGAAUAUGUUUCCUAAAAAAUGGCCCCAGGAAGCACUGACUGGAACAACAUGCGUUGUUGCCUUUGUCAUCUCCCUCCUGUUUGCGCAGCACUCAGGGCUUUAUUGGGUAACUCUCUUUGACAACUUUGCUGGAUCGGUUCCACUUCUGACCAUUGGAUUGUUUGAGUUGAUAGCUGUCGUGUACAUCUACGGCAUAGACAGGUUCAAUGAGGACAUGGAGUUCAUGAUUGGACAUAAGCCCUCCAUCUUCUGGCAGGUUUCAUGGAGGCUCAUCAGUCCUCUAAUCAUCCUGGUUAUCUUAGUUUUCUACCUGGUAACCCAAGCCCAAGAGGAGCUCACCUAUUUAGUCUGGGACCCCAACUCUGAGGAGUUUCCAUCGCUGGCAUCAAUACCGUACCCUUCAUGGAUAAGUGCAGUCAUAUUUCUUUUGGCCGGAGUCCCCAGCCUGGCAGUGCCUGUGUAUGCAUUAUGUCGACUGAUCUUUGUUGGCUGCAAGAAAAAAUGUGCAUCCACAGAAAAAAUUAGGCAAAUUUCUUAA